CGCCCACGUGGGGGUGGUCUCCGUGGUGGCCGCGCCUGGGGUCGCGCUAGACCUAGAACUCCCCCUGGAGAGAUUGUGUGGGUGGAGCGGGCUCGGCGCCCCGCUGACUCGGGGCCAGUCUGGGUGCCCCGGAGGCCCCCGAGAGCUCAGAGCUGGGGGGGCACCUCUGGCGGAGGAGGCACGGCCCCGGGAUGGGGUGUACCUCCGGAGGACCGGGGUUCCCCAGAGCCGCCUAGAGAAGAUGUAUGGGUGCCUCGGGGCCGGCCACCUGCAGCAGCGGCAGAGAGACAUGAGGCUGAGCUGGGUCCUGACAAUACUGUCCAUUUGCCUGAGUGCCCUGGCCACAGCCACGGGGGCAGAAGGCAAACGCAAGCUACAGAUUGGAGUGAAGAAACGCGUGGACCACUGUCCCAUCAAGUCUAGAAAGGGAGAUGUCUUACACAUGCACUACACGGGGAAGCUGGAAGAUGGGACAGAGUUUGACAGCAGUCUACCAAAGAACCAGCCCUUUGUUUUCUCCCUUGGCACUGGCCAGGUCAUCAAGGGCUGGGACCAGGGGCUACUGGGGAUGUGUGAAGGGGAAAAGCGGAAGCUGGUGAUUCCAUCUGAGCUGGGGUAUGGAGAGAGGGGCGCUCCCCCAAAGAUCCCAGGUGGAGCAACCCUGGUGUUUGAGGUGGAGCUGCUCAAGAUUGAGCGACGUUCAGAACUGUAGCAGGCCGCAGAGGGGUAGGAGACCCCUGUCAGGGACCAGACUGCUUCAAAACACAACAAAACAAACAAACAAAAUAUUUAAAACCCAA